GUCACCUCCACCUGGCCUGGGCUGAAAGUGUUAGUAAUGGCCCCUGGGACCCCAGCCUGGCUUGAAUCUGGGCUCUCCAGCUGCUCUCUGCCCCCUCCCCAGGGGAGCCCUCGCUUCCUCCACGCCUGGCACCCCCCACCCAUCUCAGCCAGGAUGCCAACGAGGCGCUGGGCCCCGGGCACCCAAUGCAUCACCAAAUGUGAGCACACUCGCCCCAAGCCCGGGGAGCUGGCCUUCCGCAAGGGCGACGUGGUCACCAUCCUGGAGGCCUGCGAGAACAAGAGCUGGUACCGCGCCAAGCACCACGCCAGCGGCCAGGAGGGGCUGCUGGCGGCCAGCGCGCUGCGGGAGCGGGAGGCCCUUUCUGCUGACCCGAAGCUCAGCCUCAUGCCGUGGUUCCAUGGGAAGAUCUCCGGCCAGGAGGCUGUGCAGCAACUGCAGCCACCAGAAGACGGGCUGUUCCUGGUGCGAGAGUCCGCGCGGCACCCAGGCGACUACGUGCUCUGCGUGAGCUUCGGCCGUGAUGUCAUCCACUACCGUGUGCUGCACCGGGAUGGCCACCUGACCAUCGAUGAGGCGGUCUGCUUCUGCAACCUCAUGGAUAUGGUGGAGCAUUACAGCAAGGACAAGGGGGCCAUCUGCACGAAGCUGGUGAAACCCAAGAGGAAGCAGGGCACCAAGUCAGCAGAGGAGGAGCUGGCCAAGGCCGGCUGGUUACUAAACCUGCAGCAUUUGACACUGGGAGCACAGAUCGGAGAGGGAGAGUUUGGAGCCGUCCUGCAGGGCGAGUACCUGGGACAGAAGGUGGCCGUGAAGAACAUCAAGUGCGACGUGACGGCCCAGGCCUUCCUGGACGAGACGGCGGUCAUGACGAAGGUGCAGCAUAAGAACCUGGUGCGUCUGCUCGGUGGGCGUGGCAUGGAGCACGUGAGCAAGGUGGGGGCGGGGCGGGAGGCGGCCCAGCGGCCUCGAGCACCCCCUAACCCCGCCGGUGUUCCCCCACAGGGUAACCUGGUGAACUUCCUACGGACGCGGGGCCGGGCCCUCGUAAACACCCCGCAGCUCCUGCAGUUUUCCCUGCACGUGGCCGAGGGCAUGGAAUACUUGGAGAGCAAGAAGCUGGUGCACCGAGACCUGGCCGCCCGGAACAUCCUUGUGUCCGAGGACCUGGUGGCCAAGGUCAGCGACUUCGGCCUGGCCAAAGCCGAGAGGAAGGGACUGGACUCCAGCCGGCUGCCAGUCAAGUGGACGGCACCCGAGGCUCUCAAACACGGGAAGUUCUCCAGCAAGUCAGAUGUCUGGAGUUUUGGGGUGCUGCUGUGGGAGGUCUUCUCAUACGGCCGGGCUCCAUACCCCAAGAUGUCGCUGAAGGAGGUGUCAGAGGCCGUGGAGAAGGGGUAUCGCAUGGAGCCCCCCGAGGGCUGCCCAGGCCCCAUCCAUGCCCUCAUGAGCAGCUGCUGGGAGGCUGAGCCGGCUCGCCGACCACCCUUCCGCAAACUGGCCGAGAAACUGGCCCGGGAGCUGCGCAGCGCAGGUGCAUCGGCCCCCACUGGGGGGCAGGACGUGGACAGCUCCACCUCGCCCCACAGCCAGGAGCCGUGACCCUGCCCGCGGGGCCUCAAGCCCCAGAGGACGAAAGAGUAGGGGGUACAGGGUGGGGACAUGGUCCAGGCUUGAAGAGGAGCAGGGCCAGCGAGCUGCCCACCCGGCUAG